CUUUGGCAGUUUCUUAAGACAACAGUGACGUUUGCCUCGUUGACUGAUUCUUCCUUUCACAAGUGAUUGCUCUGUGGCGUGUGAUGCUGUUUGAGAGCAUUUCACCCACGGAGCAGAUUCCGUCUCGGGAAACCACGCUCCUGGCUCAGCCGUGAGACCCAGUCCUCGCCUGAUCACCCUCCAUCAGGAGAUCACAGCAAUGCCCCCCGCCUUCAGGCCCCACUUCCGGUUCUGGUUCUCUCGCUGUUUCCACCACAUCCGCCGUGACUGCCUCCACGGACGUCCUCAGCCCCCAAAGUCAUCCCCGGGGGUGGGAAUCGGCUUCUGCCAAACGCCUGCAAAUGUUGAAAUUUUGACCUCUUCUCCAUGAAUCAUGAAUGUUCUUAAUGACAUCUAGAAUGAAUUUGGAGAAAGAUGGUAUCUCAAGGAAGAGUGACCUAGAUUUAAAAGGAAUUGUAUUUGUCAUCCAGAGUCAAAGUAAUUCUUUUCAUGCAAAAAGAGCAGAACAGUUAAAACAAAGCAUCUUAAAGGAAGCUGCAAAUCUUACACAGGAACUCCCCAGAGUCCUCCUUCUUCAUCAGCUGUCUAAGCAGGAGGGUGCAUGGACCAUACUUCCAUUGCUGCCACACUUUUCUGUAACGUAUAGCAGAAAUUCAUCAUGGAUUUUCUUCUGUGAAGAAGAGACGAGAAUACAAAUUCCAGAACUCUUAGAAACACUCAGAAGAUAUGACCCAUCCAAGGAAUGGUUUUUAGGAAAAGCAUUACACGAUGAAGAGUCUACAAUAAUUCACCAUUAUGCCUUUUCUGAAAAUCCUACCAUUUUUAAAUAUCCAGACUUUGCUGCUGGCUGGGCUCUUAGUAUGCCACUCGUAAACAAGCUUACCAAGAGGUUGAGGAGUGAAUCUCUGAAAUCCGACUUUACAAUAGAUUUAAAACAUGAGAUUGCUCUCUACAUCUGGGACAAAGGGGAGGGGCCUCCCCUCACGCCAGUGCCUGAGUUUUGUACAGAUGCUGGGAACUCCCACUGCGCUACCAUGUUCCAUUCUUUUCUACCACUUUGUGGAAAUCCAGUGAAGAAAGAGGAUAUAUUUUUUGCAGUAAAAACAUGCAAGAAAUUUCAUGGUGAUAGAAUCCCCAUUGUAAAGCAGACCUGGGCAGGACAGGCACGUCUCAUUGAAUACUACAGUGAUCGCGCAGAAAGUUCUAUUCCUACAGUAGAUCUGGGGAUUCCUAAUACAGAUAGAGGUCAUUGUGGAAAGACAUUUGCCAUUUUGGAAAGGUUUUUGAAUCACAGCCAUGACAAAAUAGCAUGGUUAGUCAUUGUGGAUGAUGACACGUUAAUAAGAGACCCUGUAGGCUGGCGUGACUCACAGGACAUGAGACCCAGCACUGCCAUCGUGGCCUCACCUCUGACUUUGGCCCCUGCUUUCGUGUUUUUCCAGUGGCAUUCUCUCAAGGAAGACAUGGCAUGCACAAGUUCCUGCCUCAGAGACCUAAUGGUCUUCAGCAGAGCAGCCAUCAGGAGACUUCUCGCCAGUAAGUGUCGCUGCUACAGCAAUGACGCUCCCGACGAUAUGGUCCUGGGGAUGUGCUUUGGUGGGUUGGGAAUCCCUGUGACACACAGCCCUCUCUUCCAUCAGGCCCGGCCCGUGGAUUAUCCGAGGGACUAUCUUUCUCACCAGGUUCCCAUAUCUUUUCAUAAACACUGGAACAUCGAUCCGGUAAAGGUGUAUUUCACGUGGCUGGCACCCAGUGAGGAAGACAAAGCCAGGCAGGAGACACAGAAAGGCUUUAAGGAAGAGCUAUAAAGCCGGCUGGCGUGUUGCACAGUUGGUUCCGACGGGACUGGAGGCUGCCAUCGUCCUGUGAGCUGGGAUCACAUUGCUUCCAUGUGCCUCAUGGCGUCGGGAGCCUCUGACUUUAGGUGGAAAUGAUGUCUGUGGUAUUUUUGGAGGGGGGGGGGAGAAACAGAGUCACAGGGGAAACAGAUUUUUUUUCUGGGAAAAAUCACUUGCUUUUGCAUUAUGCGGUUAUUGUAAUAUACAAUGAUGACUGUAUUUUUCAAGCUGUGAUAACAGCAGCUUUAUUACUGUCACAGAAAAAUAAACGGUACCAGAAAUCUCCUUCCUGUCUUCUCUUCAUUAAAAAGUGUCAGAUAAGCAGGAGACUGGCAAGACAUGACUGUGUUUAUAUAUAUACUAUAUACAUAUAUAUAUUCUAAAUGUACUAUAUAUAUACACACACUCUAUAUAGAAGAGGCAACAUGUUGACUUGGGAAUCACCAUGAUGUAAACUUCAUAAUCGUAUUAGUAAUGAUGAAAAUUAUUUUCUGGUUAUUCAGUAGGAAUAAUGCUGUAUUAAAUAUCAUACAUCAAACAUCAUAAAAGUCUAGAUACGAAGUCCCCUGUAGUCCAUAAUCAUGGUUGUUAGGUUUUAUCUACUUUUCUGUGUGUGCCUCAUAAAAAGAAUGAGGAGCCUUCUCGAGCUUUCUAUUUCUUUCUUUAGAGGUUCAUCUGUUCUAUUUCUCCCCAAGCUCUAUCUUUAUGACCUACUUGUACCACAGAAGUGUACUGGAUACCGCCAGAAAACAGUGUUCUCAAUAUGUAAAAACAAUGUUGUCGGGCUUUAUUCAAGUCCGUGAGCUCUGUGUAAGUCUCAGGAAGUGAAUUAAAUUAAUUUGUAUCUGA